ACGUAGGCAGCUCUACUCCGGAAGUGAAACGCAACCCGGUCGCUGUUGUUGUUGCUGCGGUGCUUUGGUGACAGAUGAAGAUGCCAUUGCCUGUCCAAGUAUUCAAUUUUCAAGGGGCAGUUGAACCCAUGCAGAUCGAUGCAGACCCACAGGAGGACCAGCAGAAUUCCCCUGAUGUCAGCUACGUGGUGGAGAAUCCAACACUGGACCUGGAGCAGUAUGCAUCGAGCUACAGCGGUUUGAUGCGCAUUGAGAGGCUGCAGUUCAUUGCAGAGCACUGUCCACAGCUCAGGGCCGAGGCCCUCAAGAUGGCGCUGUCCUUCGUUCAGAGGACUUUCAACGUGGACAUGUACGAGGAGAUUCACUGCAAACUCACAGAGGCCACACGAGAGGUCCAGGGGGCAUCUGAUGCUGCGGCGGAGGCAGGGGCUGCCGACCCCCCUCCCCUGGACAAAGCCUGGGCUGAGUCCACCAGGAAAAAGGCUCUGCUCAAACUGGAGAAACUGGACACCGACCUCAAGAACUACAAAGGCAACUCCAUCAAAGAGAGCAUAAGACGUGGUCAUGAUGACCUGGGUGACCAUUACCUAGACUGUGGUGACCUCAGCAACGCCCUCAAGUGCUACUCACGUGCCAGGGACUACUGCACCAGCGCCAAGCAUGUCAUCAACAUGUGUCUUAAUGUUAUCAAGGUUAGCGUCUACCUCCAGAAUUGGUCUCAUGUUCUCAGUUAUGUCAGCAAAGCAGAGUCCACUCCGGAAAUAGCAGAGCAACGAGGAGAGAGAGAUUGCCAGAGCCAAGCAGUUCUCACCAAAUUAAAAUGUGCUGCAGGCCUCGCGGAGCUGGCUUCCAGAAAAUACAAACAAGCUGCAAAGUGCUUCCUGCUGGCCUCCUUUGACCACUGUGACUUCCCUGAGCUCUUGUCUCCCAGUAAUGUAGCUGUCUACGGGGGCAUGUGUGCCCUCGCCACCUUUGACAGACAGGAGCUACAAAGGAAUGUCAUCUCCAGCAGCUCCUUUAAAUUAUUCCUAGAGCUGGAGCCCCAGGUCCGCGACAUCAUCUUUAAGUUUUAUGAAUCAAAGUAUGCUUCUUGCCUCAAAAUGCUGGAUGAAAUCAAGGAUAACCUGUUGUUGGACAUGUACCUGGCUCCUCAUGUGCGGACCCUCUACACUCAGAUCAGAAACAGAGCGCUCAUACAGUAUUUCAGCCCCUACGUGUCAGCAGACAUGACUAAAAUGGCGCAGGCCUUCAACACCACUGUGGGUGCCCUGGAGGAUGAGCUCACACAGCUCAUACUCGAAGGCCUCAUCAAUGCACGCAUCGACUCUCACAGCAAGAUUUUGUAUGCGAGAGAUGUGGACCAGAGAAGCACCACGUUUGAGAAGUCUCUCCACAUGGGAAAGGAGUUCCAGAGACGAGCCAAAGCCAUGAUCCUCAGGGCUGCCGUGCUGCGCAACCAGAUCCACGUCAAGUCUCCACCAAGGGAGGGAAGUCAAGGGGAUCUCAACUCUGCCAACAGCCAGUCGAGAAUGAGCACCAACAUGUGAACACUCCAAUCCAAGAGGAAGCUACCACGUCUGUUCACCAACAAAAUGGGACUAAACAUCUCCCAUCACUACCACCCACUGGCCAACUUGUCAAGGGGCUCCUCCCCCGGGAAAAAGGAAAACCAAGACAUCACAACUGUCAGAACUUGUAUUGACAUCAGUAGUGGUGCAGUCUGUGCAAAGGCUUGAUUUACAGAAGACCUGAGUAUGUUUAGCUGUAGAGGCGACUGCAUGUUUUUGUGUAUGGAGCACUCAGUGUGUGUGUUUGUGUGUGUUUUAAAUCAAAAAUGCACUUUUCUUUCUUUCUCUGUUUCUGCCUCUUUUCCUCGCUCUCCCCCCGUCACGCUGUCCACCUCUCAGUGACAGACUUUGAAUGCCCACAGUGCCACAUCUCAAAGGCGAUGUCCAGAGAUUUUCAAAUAAAAUAUGAAAAGCUGAGGCCAGCUUGGUCAGGACUCUCUAUAUGCCACAUUCUCACUAAUGUUCUUUUCUUGAUACACAGGCAGCUGAUUUAUGGUCAGCCAAACCAUUCAUCUCAUUCAUAUAAUAAUAAAUCAACCUGGGUUUAAUGCUAAACAAAACUGGCAUAUAAGGAGGGCAGCUCAAAGCAAAGAUUUUCUGAGUUUUGGAAUUAUUAAUGUAUAUCCACAUUAAAAAAAAAAAAAAAAAAAAAAAAAACAUCUUGCCUGAUAUCAA